ACUCACACACUAUUCCGUAUUGAGUAAUUUUUUUGAAUAGAUUUUUGGUCAUUCUAUUCUAGAAAGUAGAAACUUGGCAACAAAAAUGUACGAAACAAAAUAAUUAAAAUAAGAUAUUAACACUGCAAAUUAGUCGCACCUCAUGAUCUCCUAAUGAUCUUCUUUGUCUGUGAAAAGCAACCAAAUCACACACCCUUUCCUCUUCUCUCUCUUUUUAGCCAUCAAGUUUCAGAGAGGGUACGUUUCCACAAAGUCAAUGCACCCACUAAACAGCUUUCCUUCCAUGGAUCUAACUUAACUCUCUGCUAGCUCAUUUUGAGUUGGUUAAACAACUUUUUUCUCUCUGCUUUUUUUCUUCUUUUCUUUCUUUCUUUUCAAUUGUUCUGUUUUUGAGUUUGUUUGGUGGGGUUUUGGAGGAGAAGACUCAAGUUUUAACACAAUUCUUAAAAACAAGUAUAAAACUCAGUGAAAAAAAGAAUCAAAGAAGUAUUAUAUAUGUCUCUCAGUGGAAAAUCUUGGAAAAGAUUGACUAGUGUAUCCAAACCCGUAGAAUAUGCCUCAAGACGGUCUAAGAUCAUCCAUAUACAGGUCUUUUGUCACAUGUAAUGAUCCUAAAGGAGUAAUUAGUUGUAGAACAAUCAUAAAAUCCAAAUCAUAUUCUCAGAAAAUGAAUCAUCACAAGAGAGAACGCCAAAGAAAGUUGAAGAGCUUAAGUACACCAUCUUUGAACUACGAACCAGAGUUAGAGGAGAUAAUAAUGGCAUCAUCUACUAAAGAGAUCCCAGAAGAAAUUCAUAGCCCAGCUGCUUUUCAACUCAUGGAGGUCUCUAAAGGAGCCAAAAAACUUAACCACAUGAUUGAUUCUUGGACUAAGGGUGUCAAGUUUGAUGGGCAAUCUAAAGAUAUGGCAAAGGAUUUGUUAAAAGGUGCUCUUGAUCUUCAAGAUUCUUUGGUUAUGUUAGGAAAGUUACAAGAAGCUUCACAGUACAUGGCUCACCUAAAGAAGAAACAGAUUGAGAAAAAUGAAAGAGGAAAAGAAGAUGAUGAACCUUGGAUUAGAAGAACAAGCUCAGAUCAGUUUAGAGACCAUUUUUCAGUGACAGGUUAUCAAAAGCCUCGUCUUUCUGUUGAUGGGUAUCCUAGCAAUUCAACAGAGGAGCUUAAGAAGGUUAUAAAAGAAAGCCUUGUGAGCCAAAAUCUGUUACCAAAAGCUAGAAAGCAUCAUCAUCAAAAGACUCACUAUUUUCCUCAUUUGGACUCAGCUUCAACUUCUGAGUCUCCAUCUGCAACUAGCUCAACUAGCCAAUCUUCAAUGGCUCGUGUCACUACUAACUCCCCAACUGCUUCUACAUCAGUAUCACCUCAGACAACAAAAGGUCUUAAUUUGAUAGCCAGGCUGAUGGGUUUGGAAGAAUGCCCUUUGAAACCUUUGCAAAUUACACCACAGAAGAAGACACCAAACCAACUUGAACCCGUCUUAGAUAUUGACAAGCCAAAGGUAAAAACGUCUCAAUGCAGAGCUCAGAAGACUACUGAUCCAGAGAGAAAGACUUUGGAUGAAAUACUUGAAAACAUGCAAUAUAAAGGACUUUUGCGUAGUAGCAAAGCUGCAAAAGAGGUUCAGCUGCCUUGUUUGGAUGAUCUCAAUGUGUCUCGUUCCAGACAGAGACUACUAAGUGAUAAUGGUCCACCACCACCUAUUGUACUUAUGAAACCUCUGAGAGUUCCAUUCCAGGUACCAAAGGAGACAAACAGACCAGUGUUUGAAGAAGAUGACCCUUUGUACAGAAGAAAGAUGCUGAGAAAAUUGAGAAGAAAACAAGAGCUUUAUCCCAAAGGAAUAAACUACAAAGAUGGGAAUUUGAAGUCUGGUAUGGUUGUAAGCAGGAGACCAAAUGGAGAAGAGACUAGAAUUCGAGGGAUUAAGGAGGAAGCAGCUAAAGAUAAAAGAGUAGUAGUUGAAACUCCAGUGGAUCACAAAGAAGUUGGUGUAAACGAAACAAGUGUUGUAGUAAAGUUGAAAGCCUAUCAAUCUGUAAACCAGAAGCAACAAAAAAGUGAGGACAUUGACAAUAGAGCUAAUGAAAACAUACUAAAGGUGACCACUGCUAACAAGAAAUCUUUGGAUAAAGAUGUGGUGAAAACUAGAAGUGUUCCAAAGUCUCAAGUUCAAGCCAAGAAAACCUUAAAUAAGGCGGUAAAGCCGGAGUCUGAAUCAAACAUGGCAAGGAGGAAGGAAAUAUCUAGACAACCGAGUACCAAGCCAGGUUCCAUUAAAAAUGCAGAACAAGGUGCAGCUUGUAAUUCCAUUUACCAAAGAAAGAACCGCCUGAAGAAAGGCAAGCCUGUGAACAAGCCUACAGCAUCUAAAACAGUUGCUGAAACUUGUGUACGUGAAGUAGAUGAAAAGAUGGACGAUACCAGGGAAAUUGAUUGUCAUGUAGUAAGGGUCAGCAGUAGUGUUCUUGAGCAACAACUCCCUAAACUUGAGGAUCAACCCCUUGAAGAAGAGAGCAUAGAUAGUUCUGGUUCUCAUAUUAGAGAGCUUGGCAAAGAAGGGAAGAUUUCUCCUUUAGAAAUCAUAUUACCAACACCAAGCGCCAACGAUGAAAUGGACACCAAAAAGGAAGAGAAAGAAGAAGAUGAAGAAGCUCUCAAAACCAUAGAUGUUUGUGAAAUCACAUAUGACAAAACUUCCAUAAGUGAAACCAGUUUGAGAGAUGUGCUAUUGAGUAGUCUAUCUUUUCAAAGUUGUGCAGAGGAGCUUUUCGAUGUGAACAUGAACAACAGUAGCAGUACUAACAUCAUUCAAUGUCAAACAUCUUGCAUUGAUGAUUUUGAGGCUCAAACACUGAGACUGCCUUUGGAAUGUGCAAAAGAAAUCAUGGAACGUAAAAGCUUUCAAGGCUCACAAACAAUCUAUCCUUUGUUACCAUGCAUAGCUAAAUCAAGAAUAAGCAUCUCCAUGGAGAUGUUGGUUGAGGAUGUCAUGAAAGGGAUUGAGAGUCUUGCCAUUUACAGAAAGCUUGGUGGUGAAGAUCUUGUGGAUUGUUUGUAUGCAAUGUUAGAGAGAGACUUAAUGUGCAAUGGAGUUGUGAAUGGAAUCUGGGAUUCUGGUUGGAAGACUGGAUUUUCUUUGGAUGAAGCUGAACAAGUUGUGAAUGAUAUCGAGAAACUUGUCUUGACUGGGUUGAUUGAAGAGGUAUUUGUUUGAUUUCAGCACAGCAUUGUAACAAAAUAAUUUUCUUUGCUAUUUUUGGCCAAGUUGUAAACAAAGUCUUUUUUUUUAAUUUUUAUUUUAGUGUAAUGUUAGUUUGUAUGUAUAUAUCAUAUUAAGAAAUGCUAAGUUUCUUACAUGGGAAAACUAAGAAGAGGUAGACAUCUUUUUAACUAAUGUCUUUGUUCUGAUCA